AUGAGCAGGGUGGGCAGUUUACAGAGGUUAAAAUUUGUGCAAAAUCCACUACACUACACACUGGAACGGCUCUUGGUCGAUAACCAUCGAUCCGACGGCCUUGCAUCUGCCGUGGUCAUUACCUCCCCUGUUGCUAAUCGUCUGGCAUGA